GCUUUGAAAACUUUUCUAGCGGGAAUUCAUUUGAGCAGUUGUGCAUUAAUUUGGCAAAUGAAACGCUGCAGAAUCAUUACAACAGCAUCAUAUUUACACGAGAUAUAGAAGAGUGCCAUAAAGAGGGAAUUAACACGGAGGGUGUUCUCUUUUACGAUAAUCAGCCCUGUCUUGAUCUUAUUUGUGGCGUUGACUUCUCCGGCUGUGGUCCGGGUGGUUCAUCGAAGACAACAAACAAAAUGUCUAUUUUGCAUCUUCUCGAUGAGGAGUCGUCCUUGGCGAAGGGAAGUGACUUGACAUUUCGCGAAAAGGUCUGCGAUUUGUACGGAGGACGACUGCUGGACGGUAAAGGGGGGCAUCCAAACUUUUUACGUCUCAAGACCGAUCGAAGUUCAUUUGUUAUUCGGCACUACGCGGGUGAUGUCACGUACAACGUGGAGGGGUUUCGUGUCAAAAACUGUGAUGCAACGAAGGAGGUCCUUAAAUGUGCCAUACGGUCCAGUACAAUUUCAUUUGUGGCAUCGCUUCUUUCCAGUAAAACUUCGGACUCCGGAUUGGCUGUGAAAUCCACUGUUGGAUCGUUUUUUAAAAAUCAACUGGUCCAGCUCAUGACAGAAAUUAACGGCACCCACCCCCAUUGGAUACGAUGCAUCAAACCACACAGUACUAAAAAACCUCGUAUGUUUAAUGGCAAUGAAGUCAUGACGCAGAUGCGUUCCGCUGGAGUUCUUGAAACGAUUAAAAUUCGCCAAAACUCGUUCUCGGUUCGCCUCCCUUUUGCAGAGUUUCUGCGGGCGCACAAGGUUUUGAUGACGAAAUUGCAUCCCAUGGCAUCCAAAUAUUGUCAGAAUCUCAAUAUGAAACUGACGGAGUUUCAGGUACCGUUUCAUCCCCAUGACACAGAGGAAGAGAAGAUCCGGGAGAUUCUAAGACGUGCCGGUGUGAACUCCAAUGCUCAGGCACAAGUGGGAAGGACCAAAGUCUUUCUGAAGUUGGAGAUUUCACAGUAUCUCGCUUCUAUUGUGCGUGCGGCUCAGAACGGUUGUAUGCUCAUGAUCCAAGCCGCUGCUCGAUGCAUUUUUUCCUGCAGAACGCUUCAUGUACACUAUCUUCGUCGCCAACAUCAGAUCAUUACUGCGGCUGUGUUCUCGCAUCGUUCGCAGUUGCAGAUGAGGCUGCUUGAAUUACGUGAGAAGGAGCAGUAUCUUUUAAACGCGUUUCGGGUGAUUCUUCUUGUUCAAAAGGACGAGAUGGAAGCUCGUAUCGCAUUGGGGGAAAACGAGCGUGCGGAGCACCGGAGUUUAUUCGGCAAUGCAAAGGAGGAAAAGGAUGGCAUCAUCCAACUUUUAUUAAAACGACGGGAAGAGCAGUAUGUGGUGGAACAACACACGUUUGCCGAGGUGGAGAGUCAAACCCGUUGUGACAUUGAGGAGGCUGAACUGAUUUCUCGUCAAUAUCUCUAUGAGGGCACGAGGUUACUCACGCUGGAGGAGAAUGCACGCGAUGACGUGGAAGUGGAGGAAUCGAUGGAGCGGCGAUCGAGUUUUGAGCAUGGAUACAUGCAAAUAAAAAGACAUCUGGCGGCGUGGCUUAUGCAGGUUGCGAAUAAACAGCAAUUGGAUUUUUUGGCUGCAGAAGAUACGCACCGUCGCAUAACGACACAAGAAGAGAGCACAACGUUUAACAUGUUUUGUACCCUUUACGACCUUAUUUUAUCGGAAUUGUUGGCCCGAGUAUCUCUCGCGAAGGAGGAGAAAGAUGCCUUUUCCGACUGGUGCAAGUCCUGGGAUAAUGAGUGGUUACAUGUGGAGAAGCUGUGGUUAGCACGAAAGUCCAUCACUGAUCGCCGCAUGAUUUUGCUUUUGCAAAAAAAGGAGAGGGAUGCUCGAAUAAAUUUUGAGCGUUCAUACAAUUAUUCCAUCAUGGAACUACUUGAGUCUCUUUCUCAGAAUGAGCAGGAUGCUUUACGAAGGGAAAAGGAACGCCUGGCACUCGAAGAGGAGGAACGGAUGCUCUUGGAGGAGGAGGCACUCUUUUUAGCCCGUGAAGAAGAGAAACGGCGAUUCAAUGCAGUUCGUGAGGCUGCACAGCAGCUUUGGCAGAAUGUGCUGGAAGAUAAACGACUUGUGAGGGAAAUACGACGGCAUGAGGAACGCACAAAAGGUAUUUUUGCGGCCAAGGCACAACUGACACGAGAGUACACGCUAAUGUGCCGGCGUAAUGAAAUUGCAAAAGGGAAAGCAAUUACUGGGUUAAAUGGUGUCGGAGAUAGGAAGAAACUUGAAGAGUACCUGCAUAAGCAGAAGAUUUUAUCGCAAGCCCUUGCCAAUCACCAAAGGUUACUCCUUGAAAUGGAAACGAAUUUGGUGGAAUUUCGCUCCAAAACCUCCCUAAAUUCACCUUUGCGACGGUCACCUUCGUUGCUCGGGCCUGCAGGUUUUAUCAAGGCGCGUGAAGAUUUUUCUCUUCACUCGUUAAAGAAUGUCUCGGUAAGUACGGAGGGAUCGAUGAACCUCAUUCACCGAAUGAGUAUGAUGAAGGAGCUGGCUUGCAGCCGUGCACGGGGGCCUAGUAUGACACCUGGCGCAAUUGCCGCAGCGAACCGCCUGGAGGUCUACCGACAAAAUCGGGAAAGAAGGAAACGUGAGACAUCGGAGACAAUAAUACGACAAAAUACCAUUUUGCCGUUCCGCGCUGAACGAGAGGAAAACAGUAUGCCUACCUGUUUGAAGUCAGAGCGGGGCGUUCAUUCGAUGGAUUAUUUUCUACAUCGUAACCCCCUCAAGGACGACUGGGUUCCUGGGCCACCUGAUUCCAAAGGGCUAUACUGGGUGUUUACACCGAAUGGUGAACGGGUUCCAUUGCCUUCUAUAGAGAAAUGCAACUCAUCAGGCGUUUAUAUUAAUGAGGAACAUAAUUGUGCCUGCGGGAAUUCACCCGAGCCGUAUUUUACUAGCUUUAGUCGUUAG